AUGUUGAACGAAAGUCUUACAAACCCAUUGUUCGGAAAAGGCAAGUGCAACAUUGUCAGAGCUGUAAACAUUCUUUUCGAGAAAGGUUUGUUGGAACCAAUUCCAGAUGACAAGCUGACAGAAACUUUUGUACCAAAAGACGAAACAAACUUUUCAUUGUUAGCAAGACCAAAAGUUGUUCCAGACAAAGUUCUAGUACAAAAGAAGUACACAAUUCCACAAGGAGUUGGAUUGUUCGGAUACCAACCUGAACCAGAAGAACUUCCAAUGAGGUUGCAAGAACUUCAAGAUGCUAUAAACAAACUUCCAUUGAGACAUCCAAUUGACGUCAAAUUGUAUUGGAGAGCAUCUGAGUUAGGUCAGAAGGUUUUAUAUGAAACAGGUUGCUUCGACGAUGUUUAUGAGAUAACAGGAGAAGUUUCUCAGAAGAUAAGAGACUCACUUGA